AUGCCGCAGCGCGUUCUCAACAACGACAAUUUGUACGGUCCAGACCCAAAUUUGAACGCCUCCCUCGCCAAUGCAAUCGCAGUAGCCAAGAAGGCCAGCACACCGAAGAAUGUCAUCGAUCAGGCGAUCGCGCGGGGCCAGGGCCGCUCCCUGUCCGGCACCACACUCGAGACGAUGAAAUUCGAGGUGAUGAUUGGCUCCAACGCUUUCAUACUGGAUGUAGAGACCGACAACAAGCUCCGCGCACUGCAAGAUAUCGGCGGCAUCAUACGCAAACACAAGGGCAGGACCGGCACCACCGAAUUCUUCUUCAGCAGGCUGGGGCGGGUCGUCUUCGAGCAGCACGACAAGAUCGGCUUGGACGAGAUCAUGGACGAGGCCAUCGAGCUUGGUGCAGAGGACUUGGAGGCUGACGACGAGGGCAACAUGAUCGUGUGGUCGCAGCCGAGCUCGACGAUGCAGAUAGCCCAGGGGGUUGCAAAGAAGUUUGAUCUGAAGAUUUUAAGCUCCGAGAUAAUUUGGUCACCCAACGAGGAGACGCGGUCGACGGUCGAUUCGAUCGAGGACGUGCAGAACCUGUCGGCCUUCGUGGACGCCUUGUCGGAAUUCCCAGAGGUCCAAGCUAUAUACUCGAACGCCGCGAAGGGUGGAAGCGUGCCCGACGAAGAGUGGGCGGCCUUCGAGGACAGCCUGGAUUCGUAG